AAACCAUUCGAUCUCUCACUGUGUGACUAUGUGCUUGUACAUGAGUGAAAAUAACUAAACGUAGUAUGCGCACAACAUGUGGUAUCCGCCAGUGGUUGAGUUACUAGUUAGGGCCAAAGUUGCCACAAUAGUCGAUGAUGUCGACCGGUAACACAUAUAAAUACAUACCGAGAGCGCUCCUGACGAGACUGCUCGCCGAAACCGCGUCGAGCACGCCAUCUUAGCGCACGCGCAUCCGAAAUUAAUUUAAAAAAAAAAAAUGAAUAAUGCCGAGCUUUAUCAGAAAAGCAACAACCUGCAGAAACGCGAUGCACUCGAGUGUCUUCAGGAGUAUGCAAGAAAGAUUAAAUGGAAGAACGAUGUAUCGGUAAUUGAUAUAGGCUGCGGGGAUGGCAGCGUCACAACGGCGAUUACGAAAAAAUUCUUACCAAAUUGCAAGGAGAUUGUGGGGUGUGAUAUAAGCAAGGAGAUGAUACAAUUUGCGAAUGAUAAAUUUUCGUCGGAGACCACCAGUUUUAUGGUGCUCGAUAUUGAGGGUGACCUUCCGGAACAGAUGCGAGCUGAGUUCCACCACGCUUUUUCAUUUUACACCCUCCACUGGGUUAAGCAGCAAGAGCACGCAUUUAAAAAUAUAUACGAUCUACUCCAAGAUGGUGGGAAUUGUUUUCUCAUAUUUCUCGGACAUAUGCCCCUCUUUGAUGUAUUUAGGAUCUUGGCACGGAGCAACCGAUGGAGCCUUUGGUUAAGAGAUGUGGACAAGUUUGUGUCCCCCUACCACGAUUCUCAGGACCCGGAUAAAGAAAUUAAAAGGAUGAUGUGCAAGAUUGGAUUUACUAAUGUUGAAGUACAGUACAAGCCGAAAUCAUUCAUAUACAAUAGUUUGGAGGCUGUUAAAAAAGCAGUGAAAGCCGUUAACCCGUUCGAAAUUCCGGAUGAACUACACGAAGAGUUACUUGAAGAUUAUAUUAGCAUAGUUCGUGAUAUGCAACUCAUUGAUAUUGAUAAUAAUAAUAUGGAACAAGUUGUUGUACGGACUAAUUAUAACCUAAUUGUUGCGUACGGUGAAAAGUGAUACCAUUUAUUGAACAAUGGAAAUAUGAAAUAUGGUUUGUUUGUGGUCUCUGGUGUGGGGCUUUUGUCUAUACUUUAUGGUACCUAGUUAAAGUAGCGACAGAUCUGAAUGUUUUAUUAUGAAUCCAUAUUUUAAGUACAGUUGUCAUUGGACCAUUAAAAUUAUUUAUUAAUAAUAGCUUAAGAGAAGCAGAACCUAAUUGCUAUCUUAAAAUUAAAAGGCGUUUUCCGUGCUCAUUAUGAUUUUCAACAUAUAAAUUUAGCACCAAAUUAACGUAUAGGUUUGCUUAAGCUAAAAUUGAAAAUCUAUUUCUGCUAUGAAUUCUUGUGUAAAUUUUGAUAAAGAAGUAAAAAAGGUAAAGAAUUAAAAGGUAUGACAUAGGAUAUUAAUGAUAGUGCCUUUAUACUUAUUAGUUUAAGUAUAAAAUUUAUGGGUAGUAGUUUUUAAGAUUUAAGUCUAAAAUUACUUUUUUUAUUAUUUA